AUGUCGAGCAACCUCGUCUACCUACAAGGCGAAGCGACGCCACCACAAAGAGAAGCCCUCUGGGCGCUCCAAUGGACGCAGCACGGCAUCGUCUCCGGCGACGCGGACGGCGUCGUGCGCCUGCACGACCCGACGGACCUCGAGCUCGCCGUCAACGAGUUCGCGGUCCACCCGCUCGCCGUGAGCUCGCUCAGUGCGGCAGGCUCGCUGUCGCUCAGCACGAGCCUGGACGGCGCGGUCGUCGCGAUUGAUUUGGAGGGGGGCAAGGUGCGCGGGCGCGUUGACACGGGGCGGGCUGCUGUGGGCGAGGGGCUUGGCGAACUGCCCGCAUACGCCGCAGCCCUGCACCCCUCCUCGUCGGCCUUCGCGUGGUCCGGCCGCGGGUCGCGCCUCGCGAUCCGCGCGCUCGACCUGUCGGCGGAGGACGAGGCUGGCGCGGGGAUUCUCUCUGGGACCGGCAGCGUGGUGGAGACGGUCAAGGGCCGGUUCGGCAUGGACGUGCAGUUUUCACCCGACGGAGCGCAGAUUGCCGUCGGCAUGGAGACGGGCCACGUCGUCAUUGUCGACGCCGAGACGGCGACCGUGCUGACCACGUACUCUGCGCACGCGAUGGGUGUGCGGACGGUCUCGUGGAGCCCCGACUCGCAGUGGCUCUACUCGGGCUCGGACGACGCACGUAUCGUCCUGCACGACGUGCGUGCCGGUGCCAAGUCGGGCGCGCGGGGCGAGGGCGCGGCUGCCAUUCUGCAGGGACACCAGGGAUGGGUCCUCACUACUGCUGCUUCGCCUGACGGGCGGCUGCUGGGCUCUGGCGGAGCCGACUCCCUCGUCAAGCUCUGGGAUAUCGGCCAGCGCGCGUGCGUGUCCACGUCGACCGCCGACGCCGAGGUCUGGGGCUUUGCGUGGCAGCCCGAGGUCGAGGGCGGCCUUCCCCCCGGCAAGCAGUUCGCCGUCGCUGGUGACGACAAGAAGGUCUCGCUUUACCGUGCUGCGGGCGCGGUCUAGACCCAUCGAUAGCACAAGUAUACCCCCAUCAGAUGCACAGGCAGACAACAAUGCA